CUAUUUUGAAUUUUGAAAAAUGCCCUUUUAUGCAAAAAUGAACAUUUCAUCGAAAAUGGCCGUAAUAUUAGAGUUGCAGAACAGGGCCUUAUCAAUGUGCGGUAUACCACACAUGAGGCCAACGGCUGUUGCGGAGUUGCCUGCUGGGAGUGUUGGGAUAAAGUUGAGCUUCAAGUGUAUUCGAUUGUUGUCAGUCGAACUACACACUUCAUAGCUAAAGAGUGGCGACUGAACUAUUGGCAUGCAUCGCUCUGAAUCCGACCUGGCCUUACCUUUACUAUAACGUGGUUGAUAUCAUCUGGCAGCAUUGACAUCUUUCACGCAGAUACACAGCAAUUCAGUAUCAGCAACCGUUGAACAUGUCUUUCUCCGCAAUGCUCGGUGCUCUGAGGCGACUCGCCAACACCACUACACGAACCCCAACCAUACUGUUAACGCCUGUGCAUACAGCGAUUCAUUAUCCAAUUGGCCUCAGGCCUGAGCUGCCUAUAAUUGCAAGCCUCCGUGCCGCAAACAAUCUCUCGGUCCGCACUAUUGGAUCUGCAUCUGGCAACGAGAAGAUAUACGCGUGUGAGUGGCCCGGCUGUGGUCAGACAUCUGUCAGUCCUGCUAACCUGAAGAUUCAUAUCCGGGUGCACACGGGCGACCGUCCGUAUACCUGUGACUACCCUGGGUGUGGCAAGAAGUUUGUUCAAAAAGGCCAUUUAAAAACGCACAUUCGCGUGCACACAGGGGAACGGCCCUAUGCCUGUGACUAUCCUGGGUGUGGACAAGCCUUCAAGCAAAUUAUUACGUUGCAGUAUCACAAAAGCGUUCACUCGGACGAACGGCCCUAUGCCUGUGACGUACCUGGGUGUUCUGCCAAAUAUAAACGGUUUUAUAGUAUGCAACGCCAUAAACGCAAUCAACAUGGCGAGCACGACUCAACCAAUUAAACAUAAGCCGCUGCACAGGCGCGGGUAUUCAAUAGAAAUGCACGCGGAUUGUCUUCUCGUCGGUCACACUUGAUCC